CGAGCCGAAUCCAGGCUGUUCAUUUUAGGGCUCAGACCAUCCUCUGUGAUUUUAUACGAGCAGUAGAAUGUAAAUGUGUAUUGUACCGUUAGUUAUGCUCAAUAUUAAAUAGGUGUCCUGUUUAGCAUCACUCUAGUCAAAAGAGGAGCUCUGGAAUGUUUAGUUUGUUUCUUUUAUUUUUAUUUUUUUCCCACCGGCUUUCCCACCUCCCUUAAUACCUGGGACGCCGGAGUGAAGGGACAGCUUCCGGGACGCGACAGUCCGCUGAGCUGGCUCGUUCAAUAAAGCGGAGAUCGCGAUCGCCACAUUGAAAUUUGCAGUUUCCAACUGCCGAAAGUAGCGGGAGGUUAAGCAGCGAUUGUAUGCUGAAGUGAAGAAUCGUUAGGGGGAGGAAGGAGACCGUCUGAUUGCCUGGCCGGCAUAAUGAAGGUAUAUUAGGUUUUCUCUCUUCAAUGCAUCGAAAAUAGAAUGGAAAGUUGUGUGAGCAUUCAAGAGCCUUGUGCCAAAGAUUCUUCAAGAGAUGGCAAAGAUUUCUCAAAACGGAGUCAAAUGAAUAACCACAAAAGUGUGCAACAUGACCUUGAAGAAACCUCUCGUCACGUUAUGGACAAGUUCAGUGUGAAUGGCUCACUGUAUAUGAAAGUGGAACCCACCGAUAUGGCAUUAGUCCACAUCAAACAAGAGUGCACGGACUUUGAUUCUGAGCAGAUUAAAGAAGAAAUGUGUGAGGUGGAGAUUUCUUCUGGUAUCAAAAUGAACUUCAAGGAGAGCAGCACUGCUGAAGCAAGCAUAAAAAAGGAGCAGACAAAUGCAUCUUGGGAAAGUUCGACAGCUACAACACCCCAUGUUCAAUCAGGCAAGGGCUUACCACACCACAUCAAGUGCCCUGAUUGUGGAGAAAUAUUUAGGUAUAAGUGUCAGUUUAAAGUUCAUGAGAGGAUUCACAAUGGAGAAAAACCAUUCACGUGCACCGAAUGUGGCAGGAGCUUCAAUGUGUUCUCGAACCUCAAGAGACACAAAAGAAUCCACAGUGGGGAAAAGCCGUAUAGCUGUGAUAAGUGCAACAAAACCUUCAGUCUAAUACAGUAUCUUCAAUCACACCAGAGGAGCCACACCGAUGACAAGCCGUAUAUCUGUCACGAAUGUGGCAGAAGAUUCCGACUGCUACAACCCCUUAAAGUUCACCAGCGCGUUCACACUGGAGAGAAGCCAUUUAGUUGCAAUCAGUGUUGGAAGAGCUACACUCAGCGUCAGAGUCUCAUAUCUCACCUAAGAAGUCACAGUGGUGAGAAGCCAUUCAGUUGCUGUGAAUGUGACAAGAGCUUCAGUUUGCUGCAGAAGCUCAAAGCUCACCAGAGGAUUCACACUGGAGAGAAACCAUACAAAUGUAACGACUGUGACAAAAGCUUCAGUCAACGGAAAUAUUACAAAAAGCACAUUGUAAUACACGCCGGGGAGAAGCCCUAUAGUAGUACUGGAUACGAGAAGUCUGUCGGUUGGGUGGAAAGUGUAAGUGCAUUCCAGACGACUCCUCCUGCUAUUGAGAAACCGUACACCUGCACCCAAUGUGGCAGAAAUUUCCGUCGACUGGCAAUGUUAACGAAACACCAAAUAAUUCACACCGAGGAGAACUCCCAUAUCUGUCCAGACUGUGGGAAAAGCUUUGAUCGUUCCUGCCAACUAAAAUUACACCAAAGAAUCCAUACUGGCGAGAAACCUUACAACUGUACCGACUGUGGACGGAGUUUCCGCCUGUUAACAACCUUCAGGAAACAUCAGCGAACUCACACCGGAGAGAAACCGUACAGCUGCCCUGAAUGCGGGAAAAGCUUCAGCGAGUCAGGGACGCUUAAAAAACAUCAGAGGAUUCACACGGGGGAGAAGCCAUACUGUUGUAAUGACUGCGGGAAGAGCUUCAGUCGGAUAGGAAACCUGAGCACACACCAGAGGUUUCAUUCUGGGGAGAAGCCGUACAAAUGCUCGGAGUGCGGGAAGAGCUUUAGAGAAUCGGGAACGCUCAAAAGACAUAAGACCGUUCACACUGGAGAGAAGCCGUUUAGCUGUGAGGAAUGUGGGAAGAACUUCAGUCUGUUACAGAACCUUAAGGCGCACCAGAGAACUCACUCGAGAGAGAGGCUGCGCAGUCGGGAGUAGUCAGAGAGACUGGUGACAAUACGCUUGAACUUUCACGUGGUUUUGAUACUUGGACACAGCCAUCAUAGAUAUUUUUUGGAAGUUAUUGUUAAUGUCGGCCAUUUCUCUUUUUUUUUUAAGACCAGAAGAAAUUUGACAAACGAGAGAAGAAUCUUCGAUCCAUCAGGCUCGUUUAUGUUAAGUUAUCCCAAUAUCUCAUCCGUUUUGUUUCAUUUUUUUUUUUGGAGUGUAAUGUGUAUUUCGAUGUGUUCUGUUCUGCUUUAUUGUCUGUCCCAGAAGUUAUACUGUUAUUUAAUUUAUCAGAUGGAAAAAACUUUAGGGUAAUUGUCAGGCCCAAACUGAAAAAGAGGAAAGGGGUUUCAGGUGUCGCAUUCACAGUACCACUCUGAGAUGAAGUGAUGUCCACUUCCAGGCAACCCCAGGUAAAGCAUGCACUUAAUUUUUCAUUCAAAAACUAAAUGACAACUUUGUAGACAUUGCAAAAAUUGGAUGUGAGAGUUCAUGGUAAAUAAAGUCCAUAUGUCCUUGUUCAGGUGACCUAAUUCCAUUCAAAAGUGGAAAAAUCACAGCAGCAUGGGUGUGAAGUUGAUUUAUGUAUAAAUGAAAAGGCUAAAUGUCUCAUGGUUUGGCAUAUGGGCAUGUAUUAAUGCGGCUGAUUUUGUAACCAAUACUUUGCCAGAAGCAGUAGCGUUUAGCCAGAGGUGGGUGGGGCCACUUGCUGCUCCACCCACCCAAUCAAUUCUCUCUUAUCUGAGUGAAAUUUUAUUCGCCCACCUAGUUUCUUAUAUGCCCGCCCACCAACACAUUUCUGACUACGCUACUGGGCAGAAGGCGUGACUCUUUCCUUAAAAAAGAGACGUAAAGCAGUUAAGUUAUACUUUAAUUUGAGGUUCACUUGAUCCCAGUCAGGGUUAGGGAGAAGCUAACGUUUUCCAUUAAUAAGAGGUCCCGCUGCUUACAAAUUUGUUCAUUUGAAGAAUUGAGUAUGAGGAAGGUCAUCUACUCAUUUACUGAAAAUAUUUAAUAACUCCCCUUCAUGGUGACAGGACUUUGCACAUUUCUCUCUCUCUCUGUUAAGAGAAUCAAACACAUUGCAUGGCCAAAAGUUUGUGUACACCUGACCAUCACACCUGUAUGAACUUGUCAGACAUCCCAUUCCAAAGCCAUGGGCAUUAAUAUGAAGCUGGCCCUCCUGUAACCACCUUCACUCCUCCAAGAAGGCUUUCCACAAGAUUUUAGAAUGUGUCUGUUACAGUUUGUGUGCAUUGGACCCAAAAGAACAUUUGUGAGGUGAGGUGUUUAUGGUGGAUGGGAACAUCUGUCUCAUGAUGAGCAUUCCAAGUCAUCUUAAAGGUGUUCAGUAAGGUUGAGGUUAGGUUAGGUGCAGUUCCUUGUGAUGCUCUGGUUCCCUGCAGCCUGGAUAUCUUCCCAUUCCUGGACAUCCAUAGUCAUGUGCAGAUGGACAAGUGCAAUGAGAACACACAGAAAAUAAGAUUGGUCCAUAUAAGUGCUACAUGCAUUUAUUCAAACAUUCAGUGUCCAAAAAUUAAAGUACAGUGCAGUCCUCUUUCAUAAAUAAUAAGUAAAUAACCAAUAAAAUCUGGUGUUCUUUGUUGGAGAAAAAUCAAGCAAUCAAUAAAUCCAAACAGAAUGUAAAAACGGGAAUAAAAUCACAAGAAUUAAACUGGGUUGUCUUUCUGUCUGUGCACUGAUCCUUGGUGCCUCUCUUUUUCUUCUCCACCCCUGCUCACCCAUCAGGUCUAGAGACACCAACAAGUGUGGUCAGACAUUUCAAUCGGACACCUGCUGGGAUGCCCAAGCCUUGCUCCAUCAUCAUCCCACCACAUUCUGUCUGGCAUCUGUAGGAUGAUCCUUCUGUUGCUCCUGCUCCCUGGAUGCUCAGCAAGAGCGACCCUACCGCAAGAGCACCAUUCCUCUUAUUAAGCAUGCGGCCAAAUCCCCA